UUUCCUUACAACAAAGUAAAGGGAGAUAAAAUUGAGGGCAAUGACGUUGACUUUAUUGCGAAGUUUUGAGCUAUGUUUGGUUGUGGUUUUAGUAUCAACAUUCACAGUUGGUAGAAUUCAAGCAGCAGGAGCAGAGGAUGAAGCGAUACUCAAGGAGGAAUCUGUGAUUACUUUGGAUUUUUCCAACUUCACUAACUUCGUAUCCAAACACGAUUUCAUCUUUGUGGAGUUUUACUCCCCUGGGUGUGGGUUUUGCAAAACACUUGCUCCAGAGUAUGAGAAGGCUGCUUCUGAGCUAAAGGAGCAUGACCCUCGAGCCAUACUUGCAAAAGUUGAUGCUUCUGUUGCUGCAAAUAAGCCUAUUGCAAAACUUUACAAAGUCAGUGGUUACCCUACCCUUAUAAUCCUAAGAAAUGGAGGUAAAAUUGUACAAGAUGACUAUAAUGGAGGUCGAAAAUCUGAUGAUUUAGUUAAGUAUGUGAAGAAACAACUUGGACCAUCUUCUGUUGAGAUCAAAUCUACUGAUGAUGCUGCUACUGUUAUUGAUGAAAACAAGAGUUUCAUUGUAGGUGUGUUUCCAGAAUUCUCAGGUGAAGAAUAUGAAAACUUCACCAAGUUAGCUCAAAAGAUGAGAAAUAAUUAUGACUUUGGUCAUACUUUGGACGCUAAGUUCCUUCCAAGAGGAGAUUCAUCUGUCAAAGGACCCACGAUUAGAUUGCUUAAGCCAUUUGAUGAACUCUUUGCUGAUUUUCAGGAUUUUGACUUGAUUGCCAUGAAGAACUUCAUCGAAAAGGAAGAUACACCUUCGGUUCUCGUAUUCAACUUGGACCCUGGCAAUCCAUACAUUGGUAGAUUUUUCUCUAAUGAAAAUAAAAAUACUAAGGUGACGAUGAUUGUGGACUUCGCUGAUGAGAAUGCUGCCCAAUUGAAGUCCAAAUUUUAUGAUAUUGCUUACCUAUUCAAAGGUGGCCAAAUGAGCUUUCUAUUUGGUGAUUUUGAACCUACUAAUCAACGUCUUCUAAAGUUUUUAAAACUGGAAGAAUCUCUCAUUCCCCUCAUCUAUAUUCAAAAUAAUGGUGGCGACAAAUAUCUCAAUGCAAAUGUACAACCAGAUCAAGUCGUAUCUUGGUUCAAGAAUUUCCUGGAUGGCAAGAUAGAGGAACACAUAAAAUCAGAACCUAUUCCUCAAGAAAACAAUGAGCCUGUAAAGGUGGUGGUGUUUAAGAGUUUGCAAGACAUGGUAUUCAAUUCUGGAAAGGAAGUUUUCCUAGAGUUCUAUGCACCUUGGUGUGGUCAUUGCAAGAAGCUUGCUCCAAUUUUGGAUGAAGUUGCUCUCUCCUACAAAAAGGAUACCAAUGUCUUAAUUGCAAAAUAUGAUGCAACUGCUAAUGAUCUCCCAAGUAGUGGGGUAUUCAAAGCCACAGGUUACCCAACCAUGUAUUUUAUAUCAUCAAACAAGGAGAUAACUAAGUACAAUGGAGGUAGAACAAAGGAAGACAUUAUCAACUUCAUUGAGACACAUAGGUCUACUCAGAGUAACAAGAAUGAAUCAGAUUCAUUAAAGGAUGAAUUGUGAAAAAAGAAUGAUUAGGAACAUUUUGUUUCAAGGAUGGUUUUCUUGAUCCCCUCCUAGGAUGCCUUCUCAUUCUCUUUAAUUGCCAAUAAAUAUGGGAAAAGAUACCAUUUUUCUUGGGGAACAUUGAUUAUCGAAGUUUGUUGGAGCUUUGUUUUUGUUUUUGUUGUUGUUGUUGUUGUUGUUGUUGUUGACUUGUUGUAAUAAUCUUUGUUUUAAGUUUUUUAUGUUAGCUACCAGCCAAAUGAUUAACAAUUAGUACUAUAUUAUUGGUCAUUUGAUCUUUCUAAUCA